AUGGCCGACACCAUCACGAAGCGGGUCCACGUCAGCGGCCUCAUACCCAGCAUAACGGUCGAACAUCUAAGAGACCGUUUCAGGAGCUUUGGCACUGUGGUAGAGGUCGAGGAAAUGGGUCUGAACGCAUUGGGCGAUCCCCGUCCCUUCGCAUAUCUUACGCUGGAGACUACACCGACUCAGUUCAGGAAAUGCCUCAACAUCAUGUCGGGCGCGACUUGGCGGGGCACAACUCUCCGCGUGGCAGAGGCCAAGCCACGCUUCGAUCUCCGGUUGGAGAAGGAAUGUAGCCCCAAUCCGGGCAAGGAUGCGCGCCGUAUUUCGAGGCGCCUCAAGCGUGCCAUCACCCGUGUUGGGGGAAAGGAGGCGCAGGACAUGCGCCUCGUCACGCGAGCCAAGGUCGCGGGCCGCGCGACUUCGUCAUUCUGGGUCGAAACUGAUGGACACCUCAUUCGUCCUCUCGCUAUACGCCCAGCCCAUCCUCUUCCGCCCGUCAGUGCGCCGAAGAACGACGGUGCGCCCCCGCCGAAGCGGGCGCGGAUUCGCGUGAUCGACCCCCGCCGCUGGAGCCCAACACACACCACGGACAUGCCGGGCAAUGUGGAGCGGGAAGCGCAGUGGGAGUUUGUCGAGGGUGAGGAGGAGGUUGGUGAGGAUGGCCGGGUGCAUAUUGGCGCAUGGGUUCGUGGUGGAGAGCAGGAGGAGGUGCGCGUGCGCCUUCCGAUGGAGUGGAGCGACGCCGAGACUGAGAGUGAGGAGGAGUUGGUACUCUCCCGCGAGCGCUCCGCGUCUCCGCUCUUCCCCACACGCAACGGCGCUGCGUCCCCCCUCUUCCCUUCGCGCGACGGCGCUGCUUCCCCCCUCUUCCCCACCAAGGAACGCUCCCGCUCCGCUUCGCCCCUCUUCCCAACCCGCGAAGCACUCGAGGGAUCUACAUCCCCUCUCUUCCCGGUUAUGGACCGCAUCGCAUGGCUCAAGGAAGAAGAGGACGACGCAAUUUCGCGUUCCUCGCGCGCGACGACCCCGUCUCCUUCCCCCACCCGUCUGGCUGAGGGCGUGGCCCUGAUCGAGGCCGAGGAAGAAGCAGCCGAGGAGUCGCGCCUCGAUAAGGACAAGACCAUGGUUGAGGGAGAGCGUGCUGUGCGUUCCCCAACCCCGGCCAUCUCGCCCCUCAAGGCGGCUGAAGGAGCCCUCUUGGCCGCCCACGCGCGUGCAGCCCUUGGAGAGAGGGAGGAGGCUGAGCGUCCGAUCCGCUCGCCGACACCCGAGAUCUCGCCGCGCAAGGUGGCCGCCGCUCUGACUGACGAGGUGCGCGCGCAGGCCGCCAACGAGCGUGGUGCGGCACUCAGUGUAAUGACGUCGCUCCUGGGCACGGCGCCGCGUGUCAGGAAGGCGCAACAUGAGUGGACGGCGUUCGAGGAGGAAAGCGACGACGACUUCAGCGCACUCAAGCCCCAGGUUUACGAGAGCUCUAGCGAUACGGAGAUUGCGCCUGUUGAGCGUGCGCGUGCACCGUCUCCCAAGACGCCGGAUGUUGCCCUUCGCGCGCGCUGGAUCGAGGAGAUGGAGCUAGAGGAGGCGGAGGGGGACGAGCCAGCUACUGUGUCCAACGACCUGCUUGAGGACAUGGUGCUCCGUCUCCGUGGCGGUGCGCCGGAUGAGAGCGACGAGGAGGACACGGUGCUCCGUCUGCGCGGCGGCGCACCUGACGAGGGCGACAAGGGAUCCAGCUCCGGCUCGGACUCGGACAGCGACAGCUCCGGCUCGGACUCGGACAGCGACAGCUCCGACAGCUCCGACAGCUCCGACUCCAGCGACAGCUCUGAUUCGGAUGACAGCUCGGAUGACAGCUCGGAUGACAGCGACUCGGACUCUAGCGACGACUCUGACGACUCUGACGACUCUGACUCGGACGACUCCAGUUCGAAGUCAGCUGUAGGACCCUCUUCGUCCGCUGGUGCAGCGCGCCUGAAGGACCUGUUCGCACCCACGUCCGGCGGCUUCUCGCUUUUCGGCGUCGCUCCCGACCUCGACAUUGACGAGACCAUCGUCCUCCAGCAAACGGCUGAGGAACCAGAGUUGGCCCCUCUUGCCGCCGCGCCGCGAUCCACGUUCGACGCGAGUGCUGACAUUCCGCUUUUCUUCCCACUCCCGGUGCGGCCCGCGCGGAAGGGUGAGGCACGGAGUGUGCUCGCGCCAGAGGAGGAUGGUGACGUCAACGGGGUGGCGGAGGAGGAGGAGGAGGGAUGGGGCGCCCAGAGACGGUGGGGAGAGCAGCAGGAAACCAAGCCCAAGGAGAAGGCUCGCAAGCGGCUUGUGGCGACUGAGACGGACGCAGCGAUGCGCGAGCGAUGGGAGAAGCGCCGGCUGGAGCUUACGCAGGGCUGGAAGCGGCGACACCGUGAGGCGACACUCGAGGUGACCUGGACCGGUCAACCGCCUCUCGAUUUCUCGACGCUACACCUCGUCCCUCUCCCCGACGCACCGCACGCAACCUCUGAGCCGCUGGACGUCCGCAACUUCCUCAGCCCGUCGCGCACCCCUUCCGACGCACUGGAACUCACUCUCGUACCCACCGCUCCCCUGCCUGCCCCAUCGACAGGCAAGUAUCCCAAGGCACCCCUAUGGCACAUCUACUACCAACCAGCCGAUCUCCACCGCACGAGUCCCAGAAGCACAACUCUAGUGAGCGGCCCACCCUCCGGAUCGGCCCACACCUCGCGGAUAACGCUGGAAGCGCCCGGCCGCGGAACGUUCCCCCUAGCUCUACAAGUACACGUUGUGAGCCGUGCUCCCGACGCAUCGGAGAGGGCAUUGGGGGUUGCUCGUGAAGCCUGGAUCAGGUCGCACCGCCUAAACCGGCUGGGUGUGCCAUCCGUUCCUCACUGGUACGGCCUCUACGCUGGAUUGGCCGACAUGGACGGCCGUAAAGUCCCAGUCUACGCCGGCCUGGUUGCGGCCAGUGGCGCGCCUGCUCAACGUGAGGCCAUCGUUUCGGCGUAUAAGGCAAUCCACGAUCUGGGGGUCGUGCAUAGGUCGGCGCAUCCACGCAAUUGGCAUUUCGGGCACGGCGUGGCUAUUGGCGAGUGGGGCCGCGCGCAUGUUCGCCGGCGCGGGUUCGGGUUUCAUCGCGAGAUGGAUGGGGUCGGGAUCGAGUGGGUCGAGAACGAGAUUGAGUUUGAGCGGAUGCGCACCGCCGAGACAAAGCGCGUCAAGAAGUUUUUUGCUGAGUAG